AUAGGAGCAGGGCUGGGCUGGGUAGUGGGUACUGAACUACAGAAGCUAACAAUAUGUGAUUACGGUCUAUGUUAAUCAUUGCUAUAUCAUGAUAUCAACAAACAGAGAAUUUCCUUCACAUAUCAAAAAUAAUAAUCAUAUAAAAAAAAAUAUACAAUAAAGUUUAGAAACUGGUAGAUGUAGAUAGCUGAAAAAGGCCAAAAAAAACAGAGGUCCGUGUGUAGUUGCUCAUCUUGCUGCCUGUUUGUUGCUCCAACUCCAACCGCUCGAAUACUAAGGACCUGCCUACAGUUUGCCUUUACCAGGAAUCCAGAAUGGCAGCAAGAGCAGCAUCGACUUAUUCGAUUGCAUCACCGUAUGUCAAUCCUAAACCCAACCUUCCUCAUCAGAUAAAACCGGGAACUAUAACUGUAAAUUCCCAAUACCCUCUGAGAGGUUUCAGUGGCCUCAAGGCUGCUGCUGAUGUAACCUGUGAAUCAGAAACUUCUUUCUUAGGAAGGGAAAGUAAUGCAGCUCUAGUACGAACUUUUGCUCCAAGAUCUCAAAAGUACUGUAAGAAUUACCAACAUCACUUGAAUCCUCAAGCAUCUUAUUACAAAGUGGCUAUCCUAGGUGCUGCAGGAGGAAUUGGACAGCCACUCUCGCUUCUGGUCAAAAUGUCUCCCUUAGUUUCGGACAUAAAUCUUUAUGAUAUAGCCAAUGUGAAAGGAAUUACAGCAGAUGUUUCUCACUGCAACACACCAGCUAAAGUGAUCGGUUUUACUGGGACUUCUGAGCUUGCUGACUCUUUGAAGGGUGUGGAUGUUGUAGUCAUUCCUGCAGGAGUCCCACGGAAACCUGGUAUGACUCGGGAUGACCUCUUCAACACAAAUGCCAGUAUUGUCAAGAGUUUGAUUGAGGCUGUUGCUGAUAACUGCCCUCAAGCAUUCAUCCACAUAAUAACUAACCCAGUGAACUCCAUGGUUCCCAUAGCAGCAGAAGUACUGAAGCUGAAGGGAGUUUAUGACCCAAAGAAGCUCUUUGGAAUUACCACAUUAGAUGUUGUUAGAUCAAACACAUUUGUUGCGAAGAAGAAAAACUUGAAGCUGAUUGAUGUUGAUGUUCCCGUGGUGGGAGGGCAUGCCGGGAUCACUAUUCUGCCCAUCCUGUCAAAAACAAGGCCAUCAGUGAGUUUCACCGAUGAAGAAGUGCAAGAAUUGACUCUGAGAAUCCAAAAUGCGGGGACAGAAGUGGUGGAGGCGAAGGCUGGAGAAGGUUCUGCUACACUGUCAAUGGCAUAUGCUGCUGCGAGAUUUGUGGAGUCAUCUCUGAGGGCUUUGGAUGGAGAUGCAGAUGUUUAUGAGUGUGCUUACGUAGAGUCAAAUUUGACUGAGCUUCCAUUCUUUGCCUCACGGAUUAAGCUUGGGAGGAAAGGUGUUGAGGCUUUUAUUCCCUCAGAGUUGCAGGGAUUGACUGAGUUUGAAGCCAAGGCGUUGGAGGCUCUAAAGCCUGAACUCAAGGCAAGUAUUGAUAAAGGGGUGGCUUUUGUCCACAAGCAACCUGUAACUACAUAAACUUGAGGAGAUUGACACAAUAAUUCAUGUUUGUAAUUCUAACUCUUACAAUUGUGUAUGCUUAUCAGUCUGCAGUUCACACAGUCCGCCAAACUAAUUUUCAAGAGAAGUAAAUAAAACAUGCAGCAUUUGAUA